UUCUGCGAGAGGAUCAACCUCGUUUCACUCGAAAAGACGGGAUAAAGGAAGACAGACAUGGCUUUCCUGCGUCGCGCUUCUAUCGCUGUUGCACUACACAUUUUUCUCCUGACUUGUCAAGCAUGGGCGAAGGUGGAAGUUACCAUGGAGGAAAGUGUGGAGGUGCAUGUUGGAGGCACGGUGGAGAUCCCCUGUGUGUUUUCCAUGUCAGAGCAGCCAAGCACGAUGAUGAUACAGUGGUUUGUGAAGGGCGGGACCAGCAGUCAAAGGGAACGGAUCUUCUACAGUGAUGACACGAUGCAGAUUGCAGACAAUGGCACAGACUUCACAGACCGGAUCAUGGUCAGCUCUGUUGAUGACCAUGGUGAGGUGGUGCUGACCAUCCACGACGUUCAGCUGGGAGACGAGCGCGAGUUCAUCUGCCAAGUGAAUGGGAUGUCCGCCGGAAAUGGGGAGGGCAAGACCCUGCUCAAGGUUUUCGAUCCCCCAGAAGCCCCAGUGAUUGAGGGUGUCCACCAUGGAAUCUCUGUGUCCACACCACACCCAUCAAAGAUUGCAUCCUGUGAGGCCAGGAAUGGCUACCCCAGGGCUAACAUCACUUGGUAUCGCAAUCAGACUCCACUAGUCCCCAUCAAUGGCAAGAUGAAUGUAGUGACCUUGCAGACCCGGGAGUCCAGUGGCCUCUACACCAUUCAGAGUGAGCUGCACUACAAGGUGACCAAGGAUGACAAAGAUGCGGUCUUCUACUGCGAGGUCAGCUAUGCUGUCCCUGGAGCUGUGGGGACAGCUGAGUCAAAGCGCAUCAACAUUACCGUGCACUACCCAACAACAGUUGUGGAGGUCUGGAAGCAGUCACCGGAGGGGCUGGUGAAAGAAGGGGACACAGUGGAGAUCCGUUGCCGGGGUGAUGGGAACCCCCCACCACCUUUCACUUUCAAUAGAAAACAACAACCAGAUGUGGAGCUGGACUCGAGUCUGGACCUGCUGGUCCUGGAGGAUGUGACACGGGCAGACAGUGGCAUCUACCAGUGCCGCUCCCUGGACCUGGACACCUAUGCGGAGGCUGUGGGGGAUCUGAAGCUGGUCAUUCACUAUCUGGACCCUGCUGUUGUGGUUCCUAAAGACUCCGAGAUCAUGUUAAAGGGGGAGAGCCUGACAGCCACCUGCAAUGCGCUUUGCUCCGUGGAAACCUCAACCAUCUGGCUCAAGGAUGGAAAGCAGGUUGGAGAGGGUCAUGAACUGUUGCUGCACAACGUCUCAUUUGAUGCUGCCGGGGAGUAUGUCUGUGAGGUGACAGCGCCCUCUCUGGCCGGGCUGCAGACCAGCGGCUCGGUGCUAAUCAUUGUCCAGGGUGCUCCUGAAAUGAAGGGCUCAGGGAGCCACGCAGAGAUGGAGGAGAACAUGGAGAAAUGGGUGAACCUUUCCUGCGAAGCUCAAGGACAUCCCAAGCCCUCCAUAAACUGGAGCCUCACAGGAACUCAGAACUGGCAUGAAGCAUCAAAUAAAGUGACUGAGAACACCGUUCACAGCACGGUGACUGUCCAGGUGACCUCUGACAUAACAGCCUCUUGCAACGCCACCAAUAACAUGGGCACAGUGACGAAGUCCUACAGCAUCAAAGCCAUUCCUUUAAUUGCCUCAACUGCUGCAAACACUGCAGACAGCAGUGGUGUGAUCAUCAUCAUAAUCAUUGUCUGCAUCCUCCUGCUGGCCAUCCUGGGCAGUGUGCUGUACUUCCUCUACAAGAAGGGAAAAAUUCCCUGUGGACGAUCUGGCAAACAGGAGAUCACUAAGGAAAAGGCCAGUAAGGGUGACAUUGUUGUGGAGAUGAAGUCAGACAAGACUGAGGAGGCGGUCCUUCUAAAGGGAGUCAAUGGUGACAAGAAGGCCCAUAAUGACCAGUAAAGUGUGACAAGUACAUUGACAUUCGAGACUGAGAGGGUGGAGGGUCAAGCUUUAAAUAAGCCAUCCAUAGACCAUGCGGCUCUACUUUGCUCCCCCCAGCGCUCACAGGAAUCUUUCGGAUGUCCUGUACAGUUGCCAUCCAUUCCCAAGGAGAGACUGACUCACUUUUUGUUUUUUUUCUGAGGUGUGUGGCAGUAUUCAAGAACAUGGCAAAAUUGCAUUGAUAGCAUCUCAGGUGUGAGGUCUUUUUCUGACUCUUUUGGGGAUUUUUUUUUUUGUAAUUGAUUUUUUUGUAUGUGUUCCCCAAAUUGUAUUCUACAGUCUUAAUUGUCAUCCUAAGUGUAAGAUAAUUCAGGCAUUUACUACUGUCCCUCUAAAGUGUAUAUAUUAUAUAUAUUUAGUUAUUUAAAAU